AUGUUGGAGGCAACGGUUUCAUUUUCCGGAGAGAUGAACAUCAUUGUUGGACUUGAAGGUUCCAAUUUCUGGAGAGAGAAUGCGGGAGAGAGAGGGAUCGGGGAAGAGAAUGGGGUAUCGGACCUCUCGUCAUUGCCGGAAAGUUGCAUAUCGGAGAUCAUAUCCUUGACAUCACUCACGGACGCAUGCAGAGCAACAGCGAUCUCAUCGGCGUUCAAGUCAGCUGCUGAUUCCGACACCGUGUGGGAGAAAUUCCUGCCGUCUGAUUAUACGGAAAUCCUAUCGAGGUCCGUCACUCCGGUAGUUUACUCCACCAAAAAGGAACUCUACUUUCGCCUCUGUGACACUCCAAUCCUCCUUGAUGGAGGCAAUCUGAGCUUCAUACUAAAUAAAUGGAGCGGGAAAAAAUGUUAUAUGAUACGAGCAAGAGGGCUUUCGAUUGUGUGGGGAGAUACUCCACAGUACUGGAGGUGGACAUCUUUGCCUGAAUCAAGAUUUUCUGAGGUGGCUGAGCUCCAGGCUGUGUGUUGGCUUGCUAUUGGAGGCAUGAUGCAAACUCAAAUGUUGUCUCCAAAGACCAUCUAUGCAGCUUACCUUGUCUUUAAAAUUGGAGAGAAGAACUUUGGGCUUGCAGUCCAAUCAAAGGCAUCAGUUAGAUUUGUUGAGGAAAGCCAUGAAGGGGCUGAAGUUUUGAACAACACAGUUUACUUGGAAUUGCCUGAACGUAUCGGAGGAUUGCGUAGACGUGUAUCUAGACUACCUACUGGUUGGCGUCCACAGAGGAGAGUAGAUGGGUGGAUGGAGAUUAAGCUGGGGGAGUUUUUUAAUGAUCAUGGAGAUUAUGGUGAGGUGGAGAUGCAAUUUAAUGAGAUCAAACAUGGUCAUUGGAAGAGUGGCCUCAUUGUUGAGGGCAUUGAGCUUCGACCUAAGGAGUAAAAGUAAAUUGAAAAGAGAAGAUAAAAGAGAGUUUCAGAGGAGAAAAUUUGUGAUGGAAGAACUGUUUGGUGGAAGAAACUGAAUCGAAGCUUGAUCCUUCGUCGGUGCACCCAAAGCUUGGUAUAAUGCCAUGUCUACUUGUCUCUCCUCGACCUGGGGUGAUUGUACUUUGAAUCUCCCUAUCGCUUGUUUUUGGGUAAACCAUCGUAAUUUGAUCAUCAUCUAGGAACACAU